UUUAAAAAAUUUAAUAGUAAUUUAUUAACCCACUAAGUUUUCUAAAAUGUAAACUAAUUAACGGAUUGUAUAUUACAAUCCGUAUCUCCGUUCCGUGUAGUGAAAUCCACGUAUAUCUAUGAUACAUUUUACUAAUUGUUCAUUAAUUUAUAUUAAUUGAAUUCGCAAAUAUGCGCAACAAAAGUUUCGCGAUUUGUACAGCUUAAGGAAUCAGGUUUAACGUAAAAUUUGUCCCAACACGGUAUAAUGCGGUAUAAUAUGUUAUAAACAUAUUUAUAAUGUGACAAUAAAGAGAGUAAUACAUGUUAGUUUUAAACUUUAAAAGAAUUUAGAGAGUUAAUAAAUUAGCAUUAGAAAAUAUAUAAAAAUAUGUAAGUGUAUCUUGAUAAGUUAAGAAUGCAAUAAUAUCAUACUAAUAUUAUUUUACAGUACAGUCACAAUGCUAUCGGUAAAUGAAGUUGAAAUGAAUGACGCGCUUUCAUAGGUGUUUGUUUUCUUGCGACCCAAACAGCAGAAGUUUCAAAUCCAUUUAUUAUAUGUUCCUCUUAUUUUCUUUAAAAAUAAUUAUGGGGCCUUUAAAUAUGAUCUAUUUACAAUUAAAAUUUAAUGUUUUAUUAAUUUUAUGAUUUAAUAAAAAAUUUUCAUUUUGUCCACCUAGAUUGCGAAAAUAUCACACUGUGCGACGGGUCGUUUCCUCAGUGUGCCAUAAUACUGCUCACUCGGCGGCACCGAGGCGGUACCGAUCAUCGACUCUUUAUCGAUCGUUUCGUCGAUCGCCAGGCCUCGCCGAGUCUUACGACAAAUCGAACGCGACGUCGACGGGUCCUCACCGCGAAGUCCUCCCACGGCACGUCCCAAGUAGUUUCUCGCUUCGUUCGGCAUCCCCGUGUCGCUUUCCGUGUUUCUCUUCCCGGCCCUGUUGAUACAUCUGUUUUAGAGACUUUACGCUAAACGGCCCCAAUGGCACCCGAGAGUACGAACCGGUUCUUGUUUGCGAAUUCGCGUAAGCCGCGCGUUCGGCUACAGGUGUCACCGUUGCAUUCCCGCGUGACUGGUAUAAAUAUUCAUUAGCCGCGUAGCGGAUAUACACUCGCGAAAUGCGCUUAGAGAGGGCCGGCUAACGCGUCGGGUAAGUAUCGUCGCUAUUCUAAUGCUAACUGCAUGGGGCUGAAUAUAAUGGCGUAUUAUCUCGCCGUACAAACCGCAUGCGUGCCGGCAAAGUAUAUUCGCGUGUAUUCCGAUAUUAAAUAUGCAAAUAAUAUCGACCGCAAGAUUUACCGUUAGCGCUUUUCCUCGGACCGGCGUGGUUUUUCGCGAGUGUUGUCGCUUCGCGUUCCGAAGAUCAUUCCGUGAUUGUGCGCACAGAGAUGCGCGUAUGUGUGUAUGGUAUACACGAGAGAGAUAAAAAGAAAGAGAUAGGAAGAGAAAAGCUUCAUCUAUUACUCGCUCUGGGACAAAUCCCUUCAAGAUAGAUACGCACCAAGCAUAUCGAAUUUGUUGCGGCAUUGAACCUCGCUCAAGAAAUAAAGUUACAGUUGAUUAAUUGUGAAGGUCACAAAUUAAUUUAUUACCUAAUAAAUCAGUAGCAACUCUUGUGCCUUUAAGUAGUGUAUCACACAAUAGGAAACCGCGAAAUUGAGAUCUCUGACAGGACUUUAUACAGAGUACAGCCAACGAAAAGUAUCUUCUUCCAUUUUUAAAAAGAAUCCAUUUUUAACUAAGAUAGUUUUAUAGUAUGGAGUCAUAUGUUCACCCUUUCUUAUUUGAAAAGAAGAGAAAAGAGAGAAAGAGAGAAAGAGAGGGGAGAGAGGUUACUAGAGUAGGUAAUUUUAGAUUAGUUAAAAUAUUCUGAGUAAUUCCAGAUUAAGCUGGAUACAUUAUAUUAAUAGUUCGCAUAAAUUCUGACGAUUUGACCGGAGAUACCGCGGUAGUUCCGCCAAGUUCGCCAGCCUCGUGUUCUGAAUACGCGUUCUCGUCGCGCUCAUAUCGCCAAUUCGAUUAUCAGCUGUUGCUACAGAUUACCGUCGCGUCGUACGAUCGCGACACGGCGUUUGCUCGUUUUGAUCGGACGCGCGUCGGUUCCGCGUCGUCCUUCGACGGUGCAUCGCGAGUGCAUCGGUGCAUGUCGAUGCAGCGCAAGCAAACAAGAGGAGUCCCGUCGUCCUGCGAGAGGAGCAGCGCGAGGGAGGCGGCGAGCCGAUGGCGGUGGCUCGUCGUUAAAACUAGUUGGCGCGGAAGUCGCCUCUCAGCCUCCUACUAUUUCUCAGAUAGUGCCUGCGAGUGCUGCUACCGGUCGGCACGCGGUGUACCUUAACGUGGUCUUUACGAGAAACUUAUAGCCCCGAUGUAAUCGGUACCCAAUAUCGUUUCCAGAUGAAAGAUCGACCACUUAUCGGCUAACGAGUGAUCCGAGCUUCAAAGCUCCCACAGAUCUAUCCGCGUAUCAUCUUCUGAUACGGGUAAGGUAAAAGUACCCGGAUACGUAUUUAAUUCUGGGCAUUUUUAUCUUUUAAUAUGGUGCUCUCUUCUCUCUGGAUAUUUAACCCUCCAACUGACAACCAGCUUCAUUUGUGUUCGUGCCAUUCUAAAAGGUGCUCGUUCUUCGGAACAUCUUUGUUGAAAAAUUAUUAAGAAUAAAGGACUUAGCAAUCUAUUUUUCACAAGAAAGUUAUGUGGUCUUCAAGUAGAAAGGUAAAAGAAGUUACAAUAAUUUUGAAAGAUUUUUUCGAGCACUUCAAAGGGAGAAAAAUCGAGUAAGACAUUAAUGAUCCUGGUUACCAAUCUAAAAGAAGCAGAAUAUAUUGUCAUCUGGAGAGUUAGACUUUACAUGGAAUGUAUAUAUACACAUAUUGAAUAUUUGUAUACGGGAAACUGAUGCAAGAUAAUACACUUAAGAAUUUUGAAGUUACAACUUUCAGGCAACUAAUUGGUUAGGUCUCUAUGUUUUUAUGCCAACAACUAUACUGUAAACUGUAUAUUUUGUUCUAAUAAUCCAAAUUCGAAUAUGUUGCAACGUGACCAUCUUAUCCUGAUAGUGUCAAGUUGGCUAGCAAUACAGAAUAAUGCAGGAUUCAUAUUACUCCGAUAUCUAAUAGAAAAAUUUGACCAACUAGCCCCAGUCUCCCUUAUUUUGUAUUGAAAGCUUUAAAUAUUUAUUUAUGUAAAAUAAAGUUUUAAAUGUUUGCAUUCAAGGACCAAAACAAUACAUAAGAAGGGAUGUUGAUAAGAAGGAAUCCAGUGUUAGAUAUGCGUUCAAUAUUGAUACUUUUAUCUUAACCGAUAUUAUUCCGUGAGAAAUACCGAUGCCUCAAGUGUCACGACGAUCUCGAUAUUAAAAAUCGCGAUUGCAAUUCUAGUUGCAUUUUUUUCUUCGGUUGAUUAUCGUGAUAAUCGAAUCUCCCCGUAGUGACUUUGUAGCUACGUAUAUACGAUUAAUUGGAAAAACGUAAAAAUCAAAGGAUAUAUUAAAAUGUUAAUUAAAUAAGGACGUUCUCUCCGCGCGUGUGUUAACAAACCUCCAGACAUGCGCCGCACGCUCACUCAUUACCUUUAUUUAUCUUAUCUUUGGAUCUCGUGCAAGACCUAAUGAUGCAAUUAAUAGUGUUAGCGUUUCGUGGCCGUGCGUGCGUGUCGAAUGUAGCGUUUCGCGUUUUUUCCGCAACGACGAGCGAGGGAGUGCGACGCUCGGCGUUCUCCCAAGCCGAAAGACAGAUGACACAAACGGAUCUUCCUCUUCGUCCGCCUGCGCGCCCUUUUUUUUGCAUUCCGCCGUGCAAGGUGCUUUUUUGCCUUUUGGCUUGAUCGUGUGAACUGGAAGACAUUUGUCAACCAAACGCGGAUAAAAGAAGUCGCACUCACGCCCGAUCCCGUCCGCAAUCCCCCUUGACUUAUCGAGUCGAGAUUUUGGUUAUACAUUAACUUUUUCGUUAACUUAAAGGGAGAAUAGAGCGCCUCGAGAUGUGUAACAUUAUGUACACUGAAAGAAAAAUCUGGUAAUAGUUAAUAAAUCCAUUUGGUUAAAUAUUUCAGUGCAAUAUUUAGUGAAUACUAAAUAUGGUAAUAGUUACUAACUGUUUUGUAAUAAUUACAAAAUAAGUAAUAAAAUCUUCAAUUAAGUUGAUGAAAUAAUUUUGUAAUAAUUACCAAAUGGUUUGAUAAUUACUAAAUUAUUUGAUAAAAGAUCUGUUCUAAGAUAUAUUACAUCAAUCUAAUCUCUAGUGAAAAGUAUUUGCUAAACAAUAUGAUUUUAUUUAACAAAUUGCUUGCAGAUACGUACCACAUAAAGUGAUAAUAGUUACCAAGCCUUGCGAAAGCUAUUUGCUAAUAUUUACUAAAUUAUUUGGUUAUAUUCAUUUAUGUUAAAUUAAGUUGAAACUAUUUCACCAAAACAUUUGUAACUAUUAUCCAUGCUGGGUAGAUAUUAUCAAAUCUUGUUUUCAGUGUAGGCUAUUUUAAUUUGUUUUUUUUGACGUUGCAAAUAAUUACUUACUACUGUUUUCCUCAUGGCAAGGUUUAGGCAUAUAUAUUCCAGAAUUAUUUAAUAUUUGGUUAUUUCUAUAUUUCAUCUUAUAUAAUCUUUUUUUAGUUAAAAAAAAUUCAUUAUUUAUAGUCUUCAGUUAAGUUUUAAGAUACCUUCUUUUGCGAUGUUUCAACCCAGAAUAACUUAUAGAACAGAAGUGAGUAAACAACUUUCUUAAAAUUCAAAAUAAGUUUUGCGUAAUGUUUCGAGAACGUUGUUGUGAUCUCUCGACUACUAAGAUUAUGUUAUUGACUGACGAGCGACGGCAGUUGACGAUUGGCGAGAGGUGACUUUGGUGCAAAUUGUUUUGGGACUCUCGCGCGUCGCGUACUUUUCCGUGAGCGAAUUAUUAUGUCUCGGGCCGACAGACAUACUGUGACGUGGAGUACGUUAUUUACACAAUUUCCGUCCGGAGAUUAAAAUAUAUCGACGACUCUGAAAAUAUUAAAUCUGACUGUCGUCGGCAUCGCGUUAACUCACGCGUGUUUCUCGUAUCGAAUCGUAUCUACGCGAGUGUCAGUGUAAGUGCUAGUGUUGCGAGUAUUACUACGCCCCACGGCGAAAUAGCCAGGAGCAGGAUGUUAGAUCGGGAAGCUGGGAUGGCGAACGCAGGAUACCGCGACGCGCGUAUCGACACAUCAUAUUUGCAGGAGGAAAUCGGCGAGAUAAUCGAGUCAGCCCCGACGACUCCGCUCCGUAUCGCAGCGGAGGAGCCGAAGUUCCCGACCCAGCCCGAUAAACUGUCAAGUCGCGCGCUCGAUUCGAUUGUCAAUCCGAAGUCCUUGGCCGCGAAAUCGCAUCACUUCGCAAGGAGGCAGAACUCCGUGACGCGAAGUGGCGAGGACAUCGGCGACUGGUCGAACAACGUCCUCGCGGAGUUCAACAGCCUAAUCGCCCACGAGAUCAGCGAGCUGACCAAAGAGAAGACGAGGACGGAGUCGGCGCGCGGCGACGACGACGUCAGGGUGGUGCAGUACAAAGAGCUGCUGAACGAAUUCGGGCUGUCCGACAGUGAGAGUUCCGAUCGGACGUCCAGCGGCGAACAUGCCUUUCCUGUGGACGAGGAGGAGACUCCUCGAGAUCGCAGGCAUGAAAAGCCGCUCGUAGACGACGACGACGAGGAUCAUCGCUGUCUGUUGAACUCCGAUUACGACGAGCCGCAGGACCGAGUGGUCCCCGAAGGGAGGAAGAGCGGCAGCCUGCCGGAGAACCUGCAGGACAUCAUCAUCGCCAAACGCGGUCGGUUUCACACCGCGGACGCCCUGAGCUCGGACUACGACGAGCCCAACGGCUGCCUGCCGAUGAAUUCGAUCAGGAAUCAAGUCGAUCGGAUCACCUCUAGUCUACCGUCGAAACUGGAGCGCGAGUGCGCUCCGAGAGACGCGCGAGUGAAUCCUUGCCGAGCACCAAAGACACCCGUAGGAUUAAGUUCAAAGACCAAUGAGGACGGGGCCGACGCGCUGCUACGAGUCGAGCCGUUCGGCAGCGCUGCGGAAGACUCCGAAGAGGUCAACGCGAGGUUGCCGCCGCGACAACGAUCUGAGAGGAAGAGCAGUCAGCCGGUCAAACUGACGAGCCAAAAGCGAAGGAAAGUGGCGCGCCUGCAGAGGAUCCGACGCGGCUCGGACGAUCAGGAGACCAUGGAUCCCGAUUACGACGACGUGUUUCCACACGAGGAGACCGGCAGGUCCAGGUCCUUGGAGCACUACGCGCCCAAAUCGGCGCCCGUGACGCCCACUGAGGAGAAGAAGCCGCCUUUCUCGAAGUUGCUGAGGAAACGGCACACUCCUGUGUUCCACGAAAGUUCCGACGAUGUUGUCCUGGUCAGUAUGUCCUCGUUGCCGGAUCAGGAUCUGUUACGGCUGAGAAACGACAGGCCCUGUGAGACGAAGAAUGGCAGGACGGGCGCGAAAGAAACGACUAAGAAGAGGGCGAUAUCGCCGCUGACUCUGCGCUCCGACAUCACCGCGAAGAGACUGUCGGAAUCGGACAAAGACGUCCGACAGGUCAGUCCGGUGGACUUGAAGAAGUUCUCGCUGUUGCGGCCGUGGGGCAACGACGUCGCGGUGAGUUGCGACUUGCCCGAGAGCCACGAUAUCGAUGAGAACUGUGGGAUCGCGAACGGCACCUUCGGCAAGCUGGAGCACGCCGAGGUGAAGAGGAUCAUCGAGGAGCAGAACGCGAAAGCUGGAUCCUUGCCUAUUUCCCUGCAGUCUCUAUUGUCGAGAAUACGAAACGGUUCGGGCUCCUGUUGUCCAAACAGCCCGCCCAUGGAUACUCUCACCUGCUCCGACGUCGCAACGCAAACCUCUCCGGCGAUUUCGAGGAGCUCCAGCUUCACCUGGGUCAGCGAUUGCGACUCUCCCCAAGCCGAGUCACAAUUAGAUUCGCAGUCGUUACAAGACGAGAGCACGUUAGACCCAGUUUCUCCCCAAGACACCGUGGACGACGACAAUAGAUCCUCGUCGUCGUCGCAGGAGCUCUUACAAAGCAUGGACGAGAUUUCCUCCGGAAGUCUGUCGCCGGAUACCACUGACAGAGCGUCUCCGCUCGAAAGCGGCAUCGGCACUGCGAGUCCUCCUAGAAGCACGGACCGGCGACUGACCAAACCGUCAACGUCAAACAAAUGCCACCGUAAAGAGACGUGGGAGCGAAUCCGCCGGCGACCGUCGAAAUUGAGCUCGCGAAACGACAAGAACUCGCAGGACGUGUGGGUGAAACGCGAAAGCGUACAUACGCAAACGAAGAAAAACGACGACCAGUACUCGCAGGAAGCGGUGGACAGCAGUAGCGGCCUGGAUGACUCCUUGCCGAGGAUCAAGGCGCCCCGGCCUACGAAUUUACCGCUAUGCUUGUCCACUGCGAGCAGUUCUUUGAGUUCUGGCGAGCUGCUCGAAACGCCGCCCCGGGCGCCGUCAUCACCAUCCGCGGCGAGUCUUCAGCUGAAGCCGGAACCUUUAACUGUGGAAAUGGGUGGAAAGAGCAGCAGUGCGCCAUUGCUGGAGAACAACGACGCCGAGGACGCCAACAGAAAGGUGCCGAGCUUGCAGCAGCAGCCGCGCUCGCAGUCGGAACGUCAGCUAUCAGAAAUCGAGGCGCAAGAGGCAUGCAAAUGGCUAAGAGCCGCCGGAUUCCCGCAAUACGCGCAGAUGUACGAAGACUAUCAGUUUCCGAUAGACGUUUCCGGCGUGGCCAAGGACCACCCUUUCCUCGAGGCCGAUUCACUGCAGAGCCUUUUCCGGCGACUGCACGCCCUUAAUCGCUGCGCCAAUAUGAAACUCGACACGCAUCAUGCGCAUCAUCACAGCACGAGCCACAGCAAAAGCGGUGGCGGCGGUGGUGGUGGCGGCGGCGGCGGCGGCGGCGGCGACGAAUCCGACGAAGACACGCAGUGUGCGCUGAGCGAGAACUGGACUUUCGAGAAGAAGACGAGGCGUUGGUCGCGCAUAGUCGACGUUUCGCAAGCGAACGUCGAGAGGCUACAGGCGAUCGCCGGCCAAAACGCCGCGUCCGAGGAGGAUUCUCUGGAGGACCGUCUGGAGGCUGAAGAGGCGGAGGACACCAUGCUAGAGAACCUUCGAUACGGCAGCUUGCCACCAGGCACUCUUCCCGACGAGAUCGGCCCGCGAUUUCGCAGGACCGGCUCAGAGAGGCUGCGAGACGGCGCGAAGGCGUUCCUGAGACGCGUGGAGUCCCUGAAAUCGCGGCGACGAAAGCGUCAGAAUCGCGACGGAGUCGUGAUCAGCGGCCCGCAGGUGCUCGACGUGAUGUCCAUGCAGCAGAAGAUGAAGGAGCUGAACUGCGUGGACGUAUCACCUACGGGACCAGCACCGAUAUCCUUUACGGACCUCUUGACGGUCUCUACUCUUCCGGUUCCUGGCUCGCCAGUCACCUUGCCGGCUUCUCCUUACCAUCUACCACCGUCGCCGCUGGCAAACGCGCCUAGUCCUUUCGGCGAUGACUCCUCCAGCUACUGUUCUGACGGCUCGCAGGGUGGUGGACCAACACCCACGCCAACUCGCACAAAACUGAACCGCGCGCGUAGGUUCCUUCAUCGUGGUCGUGAGGAUCAAGGUGCGUUGAGCGACUCCGAGUGUCAGCCGACCAACUGGCGGCAUCGGUACUUCCGCGACGCCAACAGCAACCACGCGAAGGUGUUGGAGUACGUGAAUGCACACUCCCAGAGUUCGAAAGAAUCGUCAGGGAAGAACCCGCAAAUUAACAGCCGUGGUGGUAGCUUGAACCUCGGCAAAGAGUCGCAGAGGUACCGUGACAAGCUUGCCCAAGGUCAAGAGCGAGGGUAUAAAGACGACAAGGUGGCGUCCUUGAAGCGGGAGGAGAAGUUGCAUAAGAGCUUUCGACAUCGCGACGACUCCUACAGGGACGGCAAGUCCAGGGAAGUGACGGUGUAUCGGGAGAAGUCCCGAUCCAGGAGCUCGGAGCUAGCGGGUAGCCAAGAAAGUGGCUCCACUGUGGCCAGCAGAGACUCCGAUCAGGAGGAAGAGUCCCCCAGACACAAGGGUACCGUUGUCAGGUGGCACAGCUUCCAGAGGGGAUCACUUUACCCCGAACCCUUGGAUCCGUUAUGUCCUCGAGCGAUGGCUUCUAUGUCUUGCGGGCAGCUGUUGGUCCUGAGGAAACUGGCGCUGCUGAAACUCACGGCUUGCAUGGAACGGUACUGUCCGACUCACCGCACCGGUUGGAACUGGGAGCUACCCAAGUUCAUCAGGAAGAUCAAGACGCCGGAUUACAAGGACAAGACUGUGUUCGGAGUGCCGUUGUUGCUGUCCCUGCAGAGAACCGGUCAAGCUUUACCCAAGUGUAUUCAGAUCGCCUUGAGGUGGCUGAGGGCGAACGCUCUGGACCAGGUGGGUAUCUUCCGGAAAAGCGGCGUCAAGUCGAGGAUACAGAAGCUCAAAGUCAUGACGGAGACUCAGGGUGACAAUAUCAACUUCGACGGGCAACAGGCGUUCGACGUUGCCGACCUCGUCAAGCAGUAUUUCAGGGAGCUGCCGGAGGCCCUUCUGACGAACAAGCUCUCGGAAACGUUCAUCGCCAUCUUCCAACAUGUACCGGCGGAUUUACGACCCGACGCCGUGCAGUGCGUCUUGUUGCUGCUGCCGGAUGAGCAUCGCGAGGCACUGGAGACGCUACUCGACUUCCUCAACCAUGUCGCCAACAACUCGCCCUACAACCAAAUGACAGCCUCGAAUCUGGCCGUAUGUCUGGCACCGAGCCUGUUCCACUUCAACCACAGCAACACGAGCGUGACCAACAGGUCGAGCAGCGUGUCGCCACGUAGGCGAAAGACCGUGGGCAUUCCCGAUCAGCGGGAACUGUCUGAAAACAAAGCCGCUCACGACUGUCUUCUGUAUCUGGUCAAGAUGCAUCGUGAAUUAUUCAUGGUCUCGUCGGACAUGUUGACGCAGUGUCACUUCAAUUACAUGGAGGAGAGCAUUCCGGUCGCGCUGGAAGAGCUCGGCUCGGAACUCAAGCAGGACUGGAGGGGUUACUUGUACGCUUGCACCACGGCGUUGCUGAAGGAAGCGCGAGAAAACAGAAGUCGCGGUUGGGUCACGGUGAACAAUCCUGCCGACAGCACCGUAGAGAUGGCAUAUAAAAAGGUGGGCGACGGACAUCCGCUUCGUCUCUGGCGAGUGUCGACGGAGGUCGAGGCUCCGCCGAACGAGCUGCUGCAUCGUGUGCUAAGAGAGAGGCACAUCUGGGACCCGCAGCUUUUGAAGUACAGGCUGGUGAACAAAUUGGACACCAAUGUGGAGGUCUUUCAAUACGCCACCGGGAACAUGAGCCCGUUGCCCGCCAGAGAUUAUUGCGUAUUAAGAUCCUGGCGGAACGACCUUCCCAAAGGUGCUUGCGUCAUCGUCGAAACAUCCGUGGAACACCCAGACGCUCCUGUUAUGCUCGGCGGGACUCGCGGCAUCGUUUUGGCUUCUCGUUAUCUUAUCGAGCCCUGCGGCAGCGGCAAAUCCCGCAUUAUGCAUUUAUCCAGAGUCGACACGAAGGGUCGCACACCUGAAUGGUACAACAAGAGCUACGGGCACAUCGCCGCUCUUCACCUGAGCAAAAUUCGCAACUCCUUCAAGCACACCACCGAUGGGCCCGAGAGUAAAGUUUGAGAAAAGGCCACCGUGCAAUGCGAAUCGUUGCACGGUUCCUCCUCCUCUUCUUCCUCCGCUUUCUCUUCUGCCGAUUCCGGCGAGCAGCAGCAGCAACAGGAGCGCAGGAUCCUAAUGGACACGCUGCAGGUCCAGCCUACCAUCGACGAGGAAUAAUCUCGAUCGGUCGCGCUAUCAGUACCAAAACCCAUCGAUGUCGUAGUUAGCUUCGUUCAGCGACCGGUUCUGAACUUUCGAGAUAAGCAUCCCCGAUCUUAUCGUAGCGAUAGAAGAAUCCCCCCGUGUGACGUUUACUGUCCAAAGAUCUUGCCGUCCGUUUGUCAUGAAAGUCGCGAGACAGGAUGCCGCGAGAGAAAGAGACGUAGAGAAAAAGAGAACGGGACGAUCAUUCGGCAAAUUCGAUAACGAAGGUGGCUUGCGUGCAUCUCGAUAAAUCGGCUAUUUUCAGGAUUCGAAGGACGACCCGUUAUUUUUGCACUUCGUGUUCCGAUGUCGUUGUUGUUGUUCGAGAGUUUAUGAAAUUUUAUCAACCCACACCUUAUUCCUUACCUUAAUCCCCCAUCGCGCCGCACGAUCCGUGAAGUCGCAUCUCGGUUCCGUCGGUCUGAUCGAAACGGGAUUUUCAGAGAUCGACGAGCGGCCAGGAGGCGCAAUCCUAAACGAUAGACGUCAUUCUGUGUUUUCGACGGCUAUGCGUAUGUGUUUCCCGCAAGGAUUUUAUCAGUACCAUAGCAACCUCGUGUCUAUGAUAAAACAAAAAUAAAAUAGAAAAAUAUGCAAGAGCACGACUAAGGUAAGAGACGACGACGACGAUGAUGAUAAUAUUAACAAAUUAUUUCCGUGAUAAUUUACGCGUUGAGAGUUCCUGAUCGAUGCACUGGCAGUUAUUUCUCGUUUCGGUAUUUUCAUUAGAAUAAUCGCGACAACCGAAUUGUUCUCUCUUUUUAUUUUACAUUUUUCAUGCAUAUUUUCGUAUGACGUGUCGAAGUUUUUUUUAUCUAAUCCAGAGCUAUUUUCUCGUUUUAUUGAACACCAAAUAUCUUUUUCAUAUCAUAUCGCCGGUGGCAUUUAAAAAAAGAGGGAAUCCGAUUUUUAUCGUCAUAAAAUCUCGUGUAGAUAUCGCGGAUUCAAGUGACAAAAUGCCACGCGGCCGGCUGCAGCGACAACUGUUUUUAGCCGUAAACAGCGAAGCCGUGUCUCUGAGCUGACGAUGUCCGCAACCGACAUCCGCGCAUGUUCUUUUGUAACAAAGAUGUUGACCGUUAAAUGUUCCCGUUCAGCGCCUAAAGCGGGACGUAUAGCCUAGAUACGGAACUGUCUGAGUACACACAUACACAUAUACAUACAUACACAUACACACGCAUACAUAUAUACACUCAAGAUUCACGCAUUUCAUGUUUCGUUCGGACCAAAAAUGCCAAUUUUUCUAUGGUAUAUAGCCAUAACACGUUAAGGUAGUUGACACAUUCGUCGGUUGAGGGAUCUUCCUCUUCCAUAAAUGUUGCACGUAGACGGACGAAUAUGUAAAUGUCGCGCACACGCAUGUACACGUGUGUCUAUUUAUAAGCGUGCUUUUAUAGGCGCGCGCGCGCGCGCUCACAUUUGUCGCGCAUUGUGAAAGAGGGAACCGCGCGCCGGUUUACUCGCGAUGAUUGCGCGAAGCACUGUUUCGCCUUUCGAAUUAUUAUGAGAGAAAACAAAAACAUAUAGCAAUGAUAUAACGAAGCGAAAAUAACUUGUGGCCGUAACUUUUCGAAAAUAUCAUUUCCUUUCUUCUCCGCGAUCCAGAUCGACGUCGAAUAUUUUUACCCGGCCUUUCACCAGCCGGACUCGCAGUCGUCGGUGCAUUCAGUUGAUCUUUAGUUUCACUUUUUUUUUAAUUUGCAUAAAUACCUUUCAGUGUUAAGAGAUCAUUCUAUGCGCACAUGUAGAGGAAAAAUAAAAGCGCGAUUCUGUAUAAAAUGAGGCAGUGCCUCUGUGCAAGUCUGCUUUCAAUUAUCAUAGAUUUAUCGCCGCGGCCGCAAUCGACGUGGCCGCGCGAGCAAUGCGAAAGGAUUUUGAGUAAAGCGUAAGUUUCCAAAAUCUCGUUGUUUCGUCGCGCGAGUGGCGGCCAACGCCACUCGGCGCGAGCAAUUUUAUCACUGUUACUCGUGUCGAUGUUAAGAGUUAAGAUACCGAUAAUAAUACAAAAGAAGAAAAAAAAGAAACAAACAAAGAACCCUGUUUUCGCUGUAUGUUCGGAAUCAUCGCCGCGCGGGCCGACUGAUCGCGCUCGCGAAUUUAGGACACGCGUUUCUAGAACGCUUAAUCGUUCAGCAUGUUCGUGUGCAACAAUUACCAUAGGGACCACCUUCGUUCGGACCCCAGAACAGGAAGUAACCUGCGCAUGAUGCACCUCAUCGAAUCGAAUUCUAUAAAUGUAUUUUAACGUAAUACUAGUCACUUACAUUAGCGGAGAGUUGUCGGUUAUAAUGGUAUAAAAGAGAGUACCAUAGAUUUUUAUUCUAUACACAGCGUCGUUGCGUCGAAGAUAUUUAAAAUAUAUUAUUGAUCACAAUUGCUACUAUAUAUACAUAUACAUAUAUAUGUGUAUAUAUAUAUAUAUAUAUAUGUGUGUGUGUACGUAUAUAUGUAUAUCUAUGUAUGUAUAUAUAUAUAUAUAUAUAUAUAUAUAUAUAUAUAUAUAUAUAUCGACGUUAAACAAUCACACACAAACAACACACAUACGCAAAUAUAUCAUAUUUUUGUGUCCAAAACGCCAGUAGGAGCGCGACGACCGAGUGCGAGUGUGUCGUUGGCGUUUCCUCGUAUUUGUAACGAUAUAUGAACGUCUUUAUUCUUGUAAUCCGUGUUCCAUUAGAAUGUAAAUAUGUAUAUUAUAUAAUAAUGAACAGUUAUAUACUCAUUAAGCCAUG